AUGUCUUCCAUUCCAGAGUCCGUCGUCCCAGGCUCCGUCAACCUGCCGCCUGCGCCCUGGCCCCCGGCCGCCGUCACCCCAACCGAAGCUAUCGACGCUGGCGCCGUUGCUGAACACAUCGUCGCCUCCCUCAAUGACGCGCUCUCCAAGAGAGACCACGCCGCGGUCGCAGACCUGUUCCUCCCCGACCCCGGAAAUUACAACGUUAACAACAGCUUAGCGACGGGCUACUGGCGCGACCACCUUGUCCUCUCGUGGCGGCUGCGCACACUGAAGGGACCUGCCAAGAUCUGCGCUUUUCUCGAUGAGCGCUCUCAGGUGCCUCCUUCCUAUUGCCAGAGCGUUGGCCCGGAUUGGUUGACAUUUGAGGUGGACGAGUCGAGCGGGUUUCGAAGACCGCAAGUCACGGAUUUCCGCCCGGCGGGAGGUGUGACGGGUGUGGGGUUCUUUGUAAAGGUUGAGAAUGGUGCGUUUGGUGGGGUGGGGAGGGGCGUUGUCCGGGCGGUGGAGGAGAGGGAGGGGGUGUGGAAGAUUUGGACUCUGUUUACCACGCUGGAGGGGGUGAAGGGCAUGGACGAGAGGACGGGGUUGAGAAGGGAGAUCGGGGUGGAGCAUAGGGUUGUGGAGGGGAGGACGAACUGGACUGAGAGGAGGCGGGCGGAAAGGGAGUUCGAAGAAGGAAGUCCGGAGGUGUUGGUCAUUGGGGCUGGACAGGCAGGCUUGUCUGCCGCUGCGCGACUCAAAAUGCUGGGCAUCUCGACCCUGGUCACCGACAAGAACAAGGCUGUCGGCGACAACUGGCGAAAGCGGUAUCCCCAGCUUGUACUGCACGACCCGGUCUGGUAUGACCAUUUGCCGUACAUUCCGUUUCCUGAGUCUUGGCCCGUGUUCACACCCAAGGACAAGCUGGCGGAUUGGCUCGAGUCUUACGUCAAGGCGUUGGACCUCAACGUGUGGACAGGAUCGGAGAUGACAGCGUGUUUCUGGGACAAGGAGCACAAGCGCUGGACAGUGGAUAUUCGUCGCAUCCAAGGCGAAGGCCAUGCAGAGAUCAGGACCAUGUACCCGAAGCAUAUCAUCAUCGCCACAGGGCACGCCGGCAAGCCCUACAUGCCUUCAAUUCCCGGGAUUGACUCCUUUCAAGGCGGCUCCUAUUGGCACUCGGCCAAUUUUCCGGGCGCCAAAGAGAAUGGCAGGGGCAAAAAGGCGGUCGUCAUUGGGGCGUGCAACUCCAGCAUGGACAUCUGUCAGGACUACGUGGAAAAAGGCUACGACGUGACGGUUGUGCAGCGCUCCUCCACUCUUGUCAUUUCGAGCGACAAUAUCCGGAAAGUCUCCCUUGGCGUGCUUUAUGAAGAGGGCGGACCGCCAGUUGAAGAUAGCGACAUUGCCGUCUGGGGCUGGCCUAGCGAGCUGCUCAAGUCGCUGCAAGUCGACCUCACAUCGAUCACAGAAGAGCGGGACAACGAGAUGAUUCAUCAGUUGAACAGGGCAGGGUUCAAGACUGACAGUGGACCCUCUGGCGGAGGCAUUUUUGCCAAGUACCUGCAGAGAGGAGGAGGCUAUUACAUCGAUGUCGGCGGCGCCAAGUUGAUUAUUGACGGCAAAGUCAAGGUCAAGCAUGGCCAAGAGGUGGUGGAAGUUCUGCCGAGGGGUCUAAAGUUCACGGACGGGAGUGUACUGGAGGCAGAUGAGAUUGUUUUCGCCACGGGGUACGAGAACAUGCGGACGAUGGCCGAGGUCCUCUUGGAACAGGAGCUUACGGAUAAGGUCGGGGGCAUCUGGGGCUGGGAUCAAGAGGGCGAGAUGAGGACCAUCUGGACCAGCAGUGGGCAUCCGGGACUCUGGUUCCACGGCGGUAAUCUAGCCUUUUGCAGGUAUUACUCGAGAUUGGUGGCACUGCAGAUCCUGGCAAAACUGAAGGGCUUGGAACGGCAGGCUUAA